AUGAUACCUUUUCGUCCUCCAAAUGAAAAAACGAGGCUGGAAGAUGAAUGGCGUAAUUGUAUCGGACCUUUGCAUUUGUUUCCCAAUUCUACUCCAUCGCCGAUAACGACUGGCUGUCCAUGCUUUUCAAUAUCAACCGCAGCCGUAAAUUCACUUCCGGAAACCACAGAGCAUCCAAUUGAGGGAGUUGAUGAUUUAUAUUGUAUUGCAAAAAUUUUUACAUGUGAGGAACGUUGUAAAGGGCUUUCGUUACCCUAUGAAAAACCUUGUGUCAUAGAUUGUAUGGAAUUUUGUGAAAUACAGGCAAUGAACCUUCAAACUUGA